AGCCACGCAUACGCGGAAGAGACGGGAAACGUAACAAUACUGCGUACACUUCUGGACAGACGGCUGACCAAUGAAAUUCUGUCUCGGGUCACGUGGUACGAUUAACAGAAGUUCGUCUCGCUGUAAGAAGCAUAGUUCGCGUUCAGACGUAUCGCACGAGAGAAUGGGCAACAGGCCAAUCGGAGCACAAAUCGAAUAGUUGCAGGCGCGUGCGCGCGAUUCCGCCCUAAGGAUUCGUCCCGUAUUGGAGCCGCGGCGUCGACAGAUAGCGCUGUAGUGGCCGGCUACUUCGCUAGAGGCAGAGACGUUCCUCUCCAGCAACACCGAGAUCCAGUUUCCCUUAAGCCGCUCUCGCGCGUUUGUCUGUUGUCGUCGCGUUCGCGUCGUGUCCUACCGAUUAUUUUCUCCUUCCUCCCCCCCUCCCCCGCCACCCGCGCACGAGAUCGUCGACACGGUAGAGCAGCCGCGCGGUAUACCGAGUGUCCACGCAUUAAAAAAAGUAAUUUUUGCCCGGUGCCCGAGCCCCAGGAUGGCGUUCAACGGAGACGGACCACACUCGAAAAGGCAGCGACUCGAGGAAUCCGGCCACAGGAAUCACGAGUAUGGAGGGUACGGAGAGGAACCGCGACGCAAAAGGGAAGACAAUAAUACACCAAAUCACGUUCUCCUCUUCACAAUUAUCAACCCAGUCUACCCCAUCACCGUGGAAGUAUUGCACACGAUCAGCGCGCCCAGCGGGCAGGUUCGGCGUAUCGUUAUCUUCAAGAAAAACGGCGUUCAAGCCAUGGUGGAGUUCGACUCGGUGGAAUCUGCGACGAGAGCGAAGGAGACACUUCACGGAGCAGAUAUAUAUUCCGGAUGCUGCACACUGAAAAUCGACUUCGCGAAGCCUACAAAGCUGAACGUUUACAAAAACGACGCAGAGAGCUGGGACUACACGACGCCGGCGCUUGGAUCGAGUGCACACAAAAAUGACACGACCGGAAAUGGAAGACCGGCUCCCCUUUUGGCGGAACCCAGAUACGGCGCCGCGCCCCAGCCAUACGGAUCCACGCCACAGGUAACUUUCCCCCCGGGUGCCGGCCACGAUCGUUACGAGGAGAAUUUCAAUGGACCAGCAACGUAUGCGGAGCCGUACGUUGAGCGUUAUGGUAUCAAGAGCGAUUUUAGCGGUCGAGAGCCAUUGCAUCCCACGCCACCGCGGCCUGGUUACGUGCCCACCCUGGGACAAACACCACCUUCCAGCACGCAGGGUUCCGUGAUGAUGGUUUACGGCCUGCAACCGGACAAAGUCAACACCGACAAGCUCUUCAAUUUGUUCUGCCUAUACGGAAACGUGACGAAGGUCAAGUUCUUGAAGACGAAAGAGGGAUGCGCAAUGAUCCAGAUGGGCGACAGCAUAGCUGUAGAGCGGUGUUUACAGAAUCUGAACAACGUGACGAUCGGGACGGACGGCAGGUUGCAGCUAGGCUUUUCGAAACAGGCUUUCCUCUCAGACGUCACCAACCCCUAUAUUCUGCCCGACAAGACAGCGAGCUUCAAGGAUUUCACGGGAAGCAAGAAUAACAGGUUCCUAAAUCCAGCAAUGGCCAAUAAGAACAGAAUACAACCACCCUCGAAGAUAGUCCACUUUUUCAACACUCCCCCGGAUUUAACCGAGGAGACAGUGCACCGUGUGUUCGUCGAACGCGGCAUCGAGGCGCCAACGACAGUGAAGCUGUUCCCCCUCAAAUCGGAACGAUCGUCGUCUGGCCUUAUCGAGUUCAGCAGCGUCGGAAUUGCGGUAGCCGCCAUCAUGGAAUGCAAUCACACAGCGCUGGAAAACAGCAAUGGGAAGUUCCCGUACAUCAUGAAGCUGUGUUUCUCGUCGUCCCGCACCAUACCCACCAGUUUCCCGCCAAGCAGCGGCAGCACAUCGAGCAAUUCCGCCGGUAAUGGCCACGCCAAAAUGCAGCAGGACUCGGAAUAGAACGGCGAGGUCCAGGGCCAGCAGCGUCAGCGUCAGCGCCAGCGUCCCUCUCUCGCCCUGCACCCGUUGUGUGCCCCGACGGGCACGGCCCUGCACCCAGCCGCAGCGAUCACACUUUCUCCGGUCUUACCGCCGCCCGUGCCGCCGCCUUUGCCGCCCACCUGCGUCCUGAUCGCCACGCCGACGCUCUAUCCGACCGUACCACCGCCACCGCCGCCCCCGCUGCCUACGUUCUGGCCGUACUGAGGGGAGGAGCGGGCCUAUCCGGCGUACGGGGACAAUCAGCCUCGUCAACGUCUUCUUCUACUCCUCCUCGACUCGUAACCAAAACCUGGCAAGAUAGCGGUCACAACCCAGCUGGUCGCUGGACGAAAAACUUUACUAUUCGAGGGGUUCGAACCUCGACGCAGUCCCGAGGACCAACGAGCGAAAUCGUCUUUGGGGCACGGUGCUCGACAGAACUCGAGGAAUUCAUCACGUCGUCGACAGGGUGGAACGUGCGCGUCGAUCGGGCCAAGGCUCGUGGCCCGAAAGCGUCGUCCGUGGAACGUUCGCCAGCCGAAGUCAGGCGACGAAUCGAGAGGCAGCGAUGUUUCCGAUUACAGCACUGCUCUGUGUCUCUUUAUUAUUUUCUUCUUUUCAUCUCCUUUCUUCGUUUUUCGGUUUUCUUCCUGUUGUUUCGGCGAGGUCCGGGUAUACGUGCUUACUCCGCGCAGAGGGCCACCGUCACCAGCCGCGAACCUAUGGUUUGGCAGGCGGAGGUAUCGACUUGGUCUGAGGAAAAGGGCUUUCGGGAAGGUCCCUUCUUCGAACGAGAAUGGUUAAGAGGCGAGAGAGUUCCUCCCUCUGUAGGGCAGCUGGCGGGAUGUCUCCCGGAGUCGAUUGCUUUCGCUUGCCAUACUUUGCGAAGGGAGGACUCGGUGCGUCUACUUUCGAUUUCAAGGUCCACUUGCAUGAAGUCGAAGUAUAUGGCUCUGUUUAGGAGCGCGUAGGGCGCUAGACGUGGAUUCUCUAUAAUUCUAGAGAUAUAAGUGAUUAGAGGACGUUGAUCUUACAUGAAGACCUCUGUGGCACGAAUGGUAGAACUGAGUAAUGAUUCUAUAAACGGGAAACCCAUGUAAAAAAUAAAAGAGUAACAUACCCCUGUACGAUACUAAAUAUCAAGGCGUUCCUAAGUCUGGUCACAUAGCGACUGAAAGAAAUUUACCAGGUAUGAUAUUUAUUAACAUUUCCUAUGUGACCCCAGACUUUUGGAAUACCUUAUAGAAAUCUGCAGCUAAAACUCCACUGUUGCGGAAAGCAGUACAACAGAUUUCACUGUACAUACACAGCUGUAAUUAUCUACAUCUCUGCAAUUAUCGAGCAUCCACAGUCGUUGUUCUUCACGUUGCAACAAGUACCUUUUUCGAUCAUCCUGCAGGAUCAUGUUGAAGUCAAUGGGAGACAGAUCAGGUCCUCGCCUUGUCAGUGUCAGUAUUAAUGUCGAGGCGACGCGUAUCCUCUUCGUCGCUCUCGAGAGGGCGCGCGGCGAGCGUUCUUCGCGGUAACUUCUUUCCUUCCGUGGGACGCGCGAGGAUCGAUCGUGAAGGAUCGUCUGUGUAAAUAAUAGCUCGGGAGAGGCCGCCGUCCGAUGGAAGUCCGUUGGACGAUAAUGGGAUGAACGAGUGGAACCGAGAGAGAUCCGCAGGUAAACCUCGAACAGGGAUGGGCAAAUUAACAAAAAAGCGUCGAACAACGAAAAGAGCAUAAACAACUUCCGAUUCGUUGCUCGUUCAAUUUAAAGUCGCAAUCUGAAAUGUACAAUCAGAUUGUGCCUUGAAGCUUAUCCAAAUAACUUACGGAUGAGUCGUUUGAAGUGUGUAUAGAAAAUUCUGAAUAAUUAUUUUAUGGGGGUGUUGAUAGUAUAUUCUACAGAUUUACGAAAAUAACAGUCUAUUUUGUAUUCAAAAUUUUGUCCUAGUCAUCGAAUUCAUAGCUUUUUUACACCUCGUUUAGUUGACUUCAAGUUUGAAUAUUUCACUCUUGUCACCGAGGCUAUCAUCGUUUGUGAUCCCGUAUCUGUCAUGUCCACCAAAAAUGAAAAUAAAAUGCUAUCAAUUACUAAACCAUCGAUGACUGGGUUACCACCGAAAUUAGAUGCACUUACACACAACUAAAGUUCUGCCCAUCUCUGCGAUCGAGUAACUGGCAGAUCCUCGCUCGAAUAUUCCACGAACUCAACCUCAGGGUGAACGACGUUUCGCACGGCGGCGAUUAUUUUCUUCCCCCUCACACGUGCACACACACCCACACACAUACACAGACACGGACACAAGCACGCAGGCACCCGUACACGCGAUAAGAACCGUGAAAGACACCUCCACGAUUUCGAGACCGAGUGCAUCGCGUUCCUCGUUGUCCAUUUCAUGGGAUCCAAUAAAUCGGAGGUUCCUUAUCGACCAUUAGAAACUACACCCUGGAUAUAGUGUCAACAGAGAGUGUUCCAGAGGAUCUGAAUCAAUCGUGCUCCGAGAACGUUGAAGAAGCUCAUCGACGCAGCCUGCGAGUGCAUCGUCGACGACGGCGCGAUUCAGCGCUUCUGACUCGCGAGAAUCUCUUUGCUCCAACACGAUUCUCCGAUUCUGUAGCUCUGUCGCGUUCUUUUGUAUACACACAUCUGCGUGUACCUUAGAAAAAGAGUAAGGAUCAGGUUCUGUUCAACUCUCCGCAGGUCGAGAAUUGCAUUACUUUUAGAACUGAAGUAAACGAAAAGAGUGGAAUGAGUUUAUUUAUAUUCCAAGUACAAAAGACACGUGCUCUGGCUUAAAAUGCGUUUUAAAAAAAACAGAGAUUAGCGAGAGUCACCACCCUAAAAAUGUGACUCCCUCGUUAGAUAGUGUAAAUGUGUGUAAAUUGUUGAGGGAAAUCAGUAGUACACAGUGGGACUCAAAUGGACAUUUUCUAGGUAAAAGGUGAGUUUAUGUGUAUCGCCGAGUGCACUAGACGUUGUCUCGAGACAGGUUUUUGGAAAUUUCAGAAGAAAGCAUUGGUUAAUUGUCGAAACAAGUGAUCACUGACGCUUAAGUAGACAUUUUCUAGGUGAGACACCUCAGCUAAACCGGCUGGAUAGAGAGUUGACAGCUCAGCAUGGAAUUUAAAAUUUCUGCUGAAGAUCGGGACUGAUCUUUCUCUCUGCCUACGAUACACGCGCAGAUUUCUACUUUUCUCAAAAUUCUGUUUCGCCUCUCGAGGAACCGCGCUCGUGAAGGAAAGAACGUGAAGUUUCGCACGCGAGGAAGCUUCUCGCGAGUCUCGAUAGCAAUCCGAAAGAGAUGGGAAGGAAAUGAUGAAAAUAACUGACUCGUGUUCGUCGACGAGGAGAAAAGAGAACCGUUUAUCGUUCCCCUUGCUUUUCUUCGAGGAAAGAGGGAGCGAGAAGAUGUAAUAUGAAGUUUCCCUGCCCCACCCAAGCUGUAGUGUUCAGGUUGCGACGACGACUCGGUUUUACCCGUACUUGCUGAAAGACACUGAGAAAAUGAAACGAUGGUGGUGAUUUUUAAAGAAGGAAAAAUAAAGAGAAGAAGUGAGAGAGAGAGAGACAGAGAAAAUAAGAGAGAACGACCGAAACGAUGGUUAAAUUUCACUUCAAGCACCUCGUACACUAUUGAUCAGAUCGCGGACUGUGAAUUGAAUUUUAUAUGAAGACAAUGAAGUCGACGACACACAAUAUAUUAGCGAAGUCCCUCGGCAAUAUUUUGUCGGGCCUGGGGGACAUUUUUAUAAUGAAAAGGUUUUAGAUCUCCGAUUUAAAAGCGAUAUUAAGAAAAUAAAAAAAAGUAAUAAGAUAAAUAAAGUAAAACGUUGUGUUUUUCGAAGCGAACCAAAUGACUACUAAAUAAAUAUAGAGACUCAUGACUCGGCCAUACGUAACGUAAGAUAAUAAAGAGAGAAAGAGAAAAACACGAAUGAGCUACGUUACUCUCCACACACCCCCUCCGAGAACCCCCCCCCCGGCCCCGCCCCCCUCUUUAAGAUGCGUGAGAAUAAUUCGCCACUUUUGUCCAUUGAUAAUCGUGAGAGAGAGAGA